CCCGCGCCAUCGCAAUCCUCGGCGCUCAUCCCCAAUCCUCCGGACUCCUUGGCGCUCCUCGGCACUGCUCCCCACUCCAUCGCGCUCCCGCCCGCCCCCUCACUCUUAUCGGCAAUGUAUCCAGCGAUUUUGCAUCGGGCGCUCAGUAGAGUGAGCAAUGGUGCGCGGUCGUGCCGCAUGGCUUGUCGCGGUGCUUGCGUGUGUGACACUGUCCGACCGCGCGGCCGCAGACAGCGACGCCGUCGCUGCGCAGGCCGUCCAUUGCGAUGAUGCCAGCGUCGACUGCACCGCGGACGCGCCGGAAGAAGGUAGCCUGCUCCAGCACAAGGCCACGGCCCUCAGCAAUUCCUCCGCGGCCCAGACUCCCUGGAAAAAAAUCUAUGUCAUACGGCACGGCGAACGUUGGGGGGAAACAAGUUGUUUGAACGAGUGCGGGUGGAACAGGGCCUUUCAGUACGCCGAGAAGUUCAAGAAUUGGGAUAUAUUCAAGAUUUAUUCCUUCAAUUAUCCAUAUUACCGGUUGCCCGGGCAACCAUGCCAACGUACCGCCCAAACAGCUUCUUGGAUUGCGGCGUACAAGCGUUUAAAGAUCGAGUACAUUGUAUGCGGGUUGCCGCCGGCCUCCAUGAACAAGGGUAAUCGGGACAGGACGAUGGAGUAUUAUCAGGACAAACAGAUGGCGAGCCGAUUGCGAUGGGAUGUGGAGCACGACGCCUCUGGCAUGAAGUCAGGGCAAAUAAUUUUGGUUUUCUGGGAGCACGAAAACAUUAUGAACUUGAUCCCUGCCCUGUGCAAUGAAAAAGUCGCUUGGCCGGGUGAUUCAUACGACGCUUACGUCGAGGUCCUCUACGGGCAGCAGGGGGGGGCGUGGCAUCAUCAGUAUGCCACAGUGAAGAAGUGGGGUCUCCAAACCCUCAGCAUCUCCGGACAAGACGCAAACGCUGAGAUGUGCUACCAAUGCUCCGAGACCAACAACCCCCCCCUCGCCGGCGCUCCUGCAACCAACCCCGAUCGUGUGAGCCGCCGCCGUUAUGGCUGCCCGUUCUAUACGAUGACUGAUCAGAAGUACGCCUAUGCCCAGGACGUUACAAAAGAUCUCGGAGUGUGUCCUCGCUGAGAGGCCAGGGGGGGGGGGCGGCAGAUUUUUACAUGUGGGAAGGGUCCCGCAAGCACGACGUUCCUUCUCAGUGCGCAGAUCAUCCUACGCGUUCUCGUCCUCGUCGCCUACAUCCUCCUCGUCC